AUGCCACCCCAGAACAUCCUCCUCUUCGGUGCAACAGGCACCAUCGGAAAAUACAUCCUCUCCGCUCUCCUCUCCGCGCGCUCCCAAUUCCAGCGCAUCGCAAUCUUCACCUCGCCCAACACCGCCGCAACAAAAAAAGACCACCUCGCCGCCCUACAACAGCAAGAGGUCCAGAUAAUAGUCGGUAAUAUAGAAGAUGAACAGGCUGUGAAAGCCGCCUACGAGGGAAUCGACACCGUAAUCUCAGCUCUAGGCCGCGGCUCCCUCGCCCAGCAGAUCCCCCUCAUUCGCCUCGCAGCCGCCAGCAGCGUCAGGCUCUUCCUGCCCUCCGAGUACGGGACGGAUAUCGCGUACGGCCCGGCCUCUGCGCACGAGAAACCGCAUCAGCAGAAGCUGAAAGUGCGCGCGUUCUUGGAAAAGGAGGUUUCGCGCGCGGAGCUGGAUUAUGCGUAUGUGGUGACGGGCCCCUUUGCGGAGAUGUAUCUCCAUUUUAUCCCGGGGUGGAAGCAGCUGGGGGGGUGGGAUGUGGAGGGGCGGAGGGCGGUGUUACUGGGGGACACGGGGAGGAGAGGCGUCGGCACUCUUACCCUAGCCGUGCUGCUCCAUGCAACACCGGAGGUUCUGAACCGGGCGUUAACAGUGAACUCGUUCACAACUAGUCCCGCCGAAAUCCAGGCCGAGUUUGAGCGGCAGACCCGGCAGGUGUGGAAGAAUGUCUCGCGGACUUCUCUGGCGCAGCUGCGUGAAGAAGAGCGCAAAGCGUGGGAGGCUGGGAUUCCGGCGGCGACGGGGAUUACGCUCAGACGGAUCUGGACGGAGGGCGGAACGCUCUAUGCGCAGCGGUCGAAUGGAUUGCUUGGGGAGCCGAAGAUGGGGACGCUGGCGGAGGUUGUGGCGGGAGAGAUUAAUAGGGAUGCGCCGAGGCUUUAG